AUGCGUCUCUCUACACAUUUGAUUUCUGCCCUUGUCGGCUUCGUCGGUCUGACCGCUGCCACUCCCAUUGACACCCGCGCUCCUGCUAGCGACUUCGCUUCCGACGGUUUCACUAUCGUCCCACUCUCCUUCACCGGAGCCUAUGGCCGCAGGGGUGAAGUCCACACCUUCAACGGCACCGUCGAAGAAGUAGUGAGCCAGAUCGUCGCCAUCAACCCCGACUUCGACUUGUCCGACGACGAGGAGUCCGGUCUCGCCCGCCGCGGCGACCAAGGGUGGCGAAAGCGAGUGGUAGCCCGCAAGGACUGCGGCGACGAGGGCACGGGAUGGACCUCGGCGCGCCGUAUCCAAGAUGGCAUCAACUACUUGCGCAAGGUCACGCGCGACAAGCCGCGCUUCGAGGUGGGGAGGAAGGAGUGCGGCCGCAUCAGCUGCUCGUACAACUCGGCCAUCUUUGUGUGCUACGACCCGCACAAGGACUCUCCGGCCGUUUAUGACCAGGAGUGGUCGUACGUGGCGGACUAUGCCCAGGGGAUCAUCAUGGACUGGUGCCCCAGGUACCCGAAUCCCAACAUCAUUACCCUGGACUGGGUGAGGGGCAAAGUUUGGGACCCCAAGGGGAUGGUUGUUCGCGUUCAUUGGGAAAAGUGCUAA